AUGGAUCUCUUUCUCUACAACCCAACCUACCAGAUCUGGAUCUGCACCGCGCCUCGCUGCCAGUAUGCAGUGGCCCCGUCGGUCCUGCUAACCCACCUCCGGACCCGUCAUGGCUCCCACCCAUCUGCGGCCACCCCAGCCCUCCGUGAGGCUGCCCUGGCGACAAUGCUCCAGCGGCCGUGGAUUGAUCCUGCGAAGGAGACUAGCCUGUUCCCGGCAAAGGGGGACCCCCCAGUCCCAGGCCUGCCUGUCUACCAGGGUUAUGCCUGCCCCUACUGUCCCUAUAUUAUCCGGUCGUUUCCCCUGCUGGAUGAACACCGCCGGAAGAAGCAUAGAGAGCAGGAUGGUGACUGGCGGCCGGGCCGGCUCUCUCAGACCGAGCAACAGGCCCGUAAGAAGGCGCGUCUAGCAGGCUGCCCGGUCUCCUGCCAGCGGUUCUAUACCACCCGGGCUGGGAGUCAUUUCUUUGAGGUAUCCCAGACUAUGCCUGCAGGGGGCUGCCAGGAGGGUAAUACCAUGCAAACCUCCCAGGACCCUGCAGAGCUGAUCCGCGCCCGCGUUAACCAGGCACUGCAGGAGGGGGAGGUCACCGCAGAGCAAGCUGACGGCCAGGUACCCGUCCUGGAUGCCCACCCCACCGAGGCCUCCCCGUGGCUGGAGCUCACCCGCUGGCCGGAGUACCUGCGGGGGCAGGACCUGACAGCUGUAGCCCUGCUGGGCUGCCUGCCAAACCCCCGGACUGAGCCGCUGCUGGCCCAGUUCACUGCCAGUGUCCAACGACUGAUCGACCAGGCGUACCAGGCAAUCCGCGAGGGCCAGAUUAAUGAAUUUGACCAGGUCCAGAUCAAUACCUUCUUCCGUCGACCCAGCGUGUGGAACCGGCCAAUCCAGAUCCAUCUCUGGCCGGCAACCUACCGGCGGUACUGCCAGGUCUGGCAGCAGCUGGUCUGCUUUGUGUAUCGCAGCACGCGGCCGGAGCAGGCUAUCCACCUACGCCACCAGCUGAACACCACCCAGCUUGCGGCCCUGGACCAGAUGGAGGAGUACAGCCUUCAGCUACAGGCACUAGCCCUAAAGACUACUUCUAAGCCUGGUCCCGCAGCCCCCGCAGCCCCUGCAGCCCCAGCACCCAUCCUACCUGCAUCCUGCCCACCUCCGCCCAAGGCCCUGCCGCGGACCAUCCCAUGGAAGAAGAACCCUGGACUAGCCAGCUCCCUCCCCCGCCUGGCACCCCGGGUGGAGGUCCAUGUGCCUCCCCCGCCAGCGCCACCACCAGCCCUGCCGGCCGGAUAUAAUAGCCCGCAGGCACGGUCCCCCCAGGAAGUAUCCCUCCAUGAGUGGUUGGACCAGGCCUGCUUAGACCUCUCUAUCGCGCUCCUGGACCAUAGCUUGAAGGGUGAUCUCUUCGAGAGUCCCCUAGUUGGGUUCCUUGCGGUCCUCGGGGUCGACCCCGUGCGGCAGACGUUCCGGGAUCCGUACGGCUACACGAGCUACCUAUCCGGGCUGGUGAAGAUGGCCCAGAUGCUGGUUGCCCUGCGCGCGGUCCGCCUGGCAGAGGCUGGGCAGGUCAGCUACCCAGCGGAUGCCCUAGACGAUAUGCGCGAGCGGUUCCUGCUCUAUGGGGUCCGGGCCCCGUUCGGCUGGAUCACCCGCCUGCGGACCUAUGGCAAGAAGAUCCAGAACAGUACUACCAGCCUGGGCUAUAUCUACUGGAGUGAUGACGAGCAGACCCUGAGCUACAAGGACCUGCAGCUCAGCAUGCAAGGGCUCCGCGGAUUUAUCGCAGGCCAGGUCACGCGUGCCCAGGCAGAGCUGGAGGGGCUGUUCCUGCUCCAUGAGGAGGAGGUCUGUGAGGAGGUUGUCCCGCAGCUCGCCCUGCACGAGCUCCGGGACGACCCCACCAACAACACGCGCGGAUGGAACUUCCUGCGGGAUCCCCGCACUCGCAAGGCCCUGCCAACCCCGGGGGACCGCUGGCUGCUGGACCGUGUCCUCAGCUUAGCCUGGCUGCGCGAGGAAUUCCUGGAGAUCCAACCAGGCGGGCCGGCAGGGACGGACGAGGUCCUGUGGCGGGAGGGGCCUGUGGAUCAGUACCUGCACCAGGUAGACUGCUUCCUGCAACGGCUGCUCCUGCUGGUCCAUAUCACCGGGGGCCAACCGGCGCGCGCCACGGAGUUACUGGGCCUGCGGCACCGGAACACCCUGCAGGGCCGCCACCGGAAUAUCUUUAUCGAGCAUGGCCUGGUGAGCACGGUGACCAGCUAUCAUAAGGGGUACUCGAUCAGCAACACAACUAAGAUCAUCCACCGGUACCUGCCCCGGCCGGUCAGUGAGCUGCUGGUCUACUACCUAUGGCUGGUCCUUCCUUUCCGCGAAGCGCUGGAGCAGCUGACCCGGGGAGCACGGAAGUCUGCAUUCCUCUGGUCAGCCGGGGAGGGUAGCUGGGCCCCAGAGCGGUUGCGGAAGGUCCUGCAGGCUGAGGCCCAGGCCCAUCUCCAGACCAAGCUCAAUAUCCUGUCCUACCGGCAUGCAGCUAUCGCGAUCUCGCGGGUCCACCUGAAGAGCGGCGGCUUCAAGCGAGACUACAGCGGGACGGAGGCUGCAGCCGUGUUCGACGAGCAGGCCAGCCAUGGAUCCUGGACUGCUGGGACUGUGUACGCGCGGGGCCUGCAGGAGGCGCCCGGGCAUGUCGAGGCCCGGCGGCGGCAGUACCGGGGGAUCAGCCGGGAGUGGCAUGGGUUCCUGGGGUUUGAGACCUACCUGGGGCCCCGAUCCAGGGUACAAUGGGAUGGGAUCCAGCAGGAUUCCCAAGCAAUUCAGAUUCCAUAUGAACUUGACAAGCCGCUGCCCAUCCUGCCAUGCGAGCCCAAUGGCUUGCAGUGCUGCCGGCUGGACCCACCAUGCCAGUACCUGGUGUCCUCCAUGAAGGCCAUGCGGAAUCAUUGGCGGGAUGUUCAUGGCUGGUCCCAGUACUGCCACGGUGGCCGAGCAAGGCAGGCACAGCAAGCAGCAAGCCAAGCUGAGCUGCAACAGUCAUUCCGGUGUGUCUCCUGGCAGCAGGUAUUCCGUGGGGGGAAAGGCUCCCAUUAUAUAUAUAUCCGCUUCCCGGACGGGCGCGCCGAGCCCCCACCCCCCACCACGCAGAUCCAGCAGGCUGUGGAUCAGAUGUACAUGUCAUGGCAAGAACAGCAGGAGAAGCAGCGGCGGGAGCGUGUGGUCCAGGCGGGCGAGAUCAACGAUGCCAACCCGUGGCUGCGGUUAACACGGUGGGCCGAGUACCUGCAGGGGGUGGACCCGGCCGACUUGAUCAGUAUUUCCAGCGUGGGCCAUAUCGACAAGAGUUUAACUGCAGUUGAAAGGGUUGAUACUGAGCCAGUGGUCCAGGUGCUGCAGGCCACCAUGGCCCAACUGGUCCAGAAGAGCCAGCAGACUGUGCAGCACUGCGGGCAUGCCAUCCGGAUCGAGGCUGUGCGCACGGAGACCAGCCAGACGCCGCACCGCCCGCUGAUGGCGUACAUGAACCCGGAGCAGAUCCAGAAGCAUAUCCAGCCAUGGCAGCAGGUGCUGGGGUUUAUUGCCCGCACGCAGACGGACUGGCCGUGGAAAGGCCAGAAGCCGGAGUACGGGAUGACCGCGCGGCAGCGGCGCUACUGGCAGCGGCUGUGGGGGUUGGCCCAGCAGGCAGCGGACGAGCGGGCCAGCCCGGAUCCCAUGGAGAUGGACGCAGAGGCGGAGGCGGCAUCCACAUGGGAGAUGACGGUGAUUGAGACCGCAUGCUUGGAGUUUUGCAUUGAGCUGCUCAAUCAGCGGUACCGCACGCAGGAAUACGAGAGCCCGCUGGUGUGUGCCAUGGCGGUGCUGGGCCGGAGCGAGAAAGGCUGGCGGGAUGCCGACAGUUACCCGCCGAUUUUAUCCCGGGUGAUCAAGAUCGCGCGGUUUUUACUGGUGCAGAAGGCGCUGUGGAUGGACCCGGACGCGCUGGGGAUCAUUGCACUAUGGCAGUCCCAUACCGUGGCCCCCGGGCUGCUGGCCACGGCCGAGGAGGACUUGUAUGACAUUGAUGAAGGAUUCACCGAGGCCAGCCAGCCCAUGAUGCCGUCAUCGCCCCCGUCAUCGGUCCACAGCGGGGACGGUAUCCCGAUGGCCCGGGUCCCCCGCCCCGGCCGCAAGCCGCUCCAGGAUUGUGUGGAAUGGAUGGUGCGGCGGUUCAUGGUGCGCGGGACGCACGGGCCCAUGCAGACGCUGCUGGACUGGCGCACGUACGGGCUGAAGAUCCACUACAACACCACGGCGCCGGGGCAUGUGACGUGGAUGGGCCAGGAGCGGUUGCUGUACCAGCAGGUGCAGUUCACAAUGGGCGAGUUCCGGGGGUUCGUACAUGGGCUGGUGGGUGCCACCCGGACACUGCUGGGCGAGCUGCUGCAGGAGGCCGACUUAGGGUUAGGGUUACCGGCCAUCCCAUGGGACCGGCUGUUUGACGACCCGGCCGAGCAGACGCCCGGAUGGAGCUUCCUGCGGGAUCGCCGGACCCCGUGGCCGGUAGACGGUGCGCGGUGGAUGGUGGAGCGGCUGCGGGGGGAGCCCGGGGUGCAGCGGCAGGUGAUGACCCGGGGGGCGUUCCACCCGCGCAAGAUCCGGCAGUACCUGCAGCGGGUGGCCCGAUUUUUGGAGAAGCUGGCCGUGGCCGUCCAUUUGACCGGGGGGGCCCCCGCGCGGGCGCCCGAGUUGCUGAGCACCCAGCAUGUCAACACCGAGACCAACCAGCAGCGGAAUAUAUAUAUCGAGGAUGGGUUGGUGGUGUUGGUCACGGCAUACCACAAGGGGUUUUACGCGAGCAACGAUACCAAGGUGAUCCAUCGAUAUUUGCCGCGGGAGGUCGGCGGGCUGGUGGUAUAUUAUUUAUGGUUGGUCCGGCCGUUUGUCCAGCAACUGGCGUGGCAGCUGGCGCGGGCAGGUGAGGGUUUAACUGCAGUUAAUGACCCCCAGGCGGACCAGCCCGGCCAUUGCUUUACUGCAGUUAACCAUUCCCACACCGACCAUGGCUUUACUACAGUUAAACCUCCCCGCCCAGCCAUGGAUGACACCCAGCCAGACGACCCAGGGUUCGGGUUCCCCCCGGUGGAACGACGUGGGCUCAUGCUCGAGACCAUUAGCAGCCCAUAUAUCUGGGGUUGCGACGUGGGCAGUGGCCGGGAAUGGAGCAGUGAGCGGCUGCGGGAGGUGCUCAAGCGGGAGACACGCACCGGGCUGGGUACGGCCAUGACUGUGGCUCAUUACCGGGAUAUUGCCAUUGGGAUGAGCCGGCGGUUUUUACGGCCAUCCAGUGCAUUCCCCAACAACAUCCAGCAGGAGCAGGCGGCGGAGCAGGAACUGGCCGCCAGCGGGGAGGACCCGGAUGACUGGGUCGGUACCAUUGCUGAUGAGCAGGCCGGGCACAGUGCCCAUGUGGCGGGGAUGGUGUAUGGGCGGGAGAGCAACGAGUUUGCGGGUAGUACCAUGCUGCGGCGGCUGAAGUUCCGGGCAUCCAGCACGGACUGGCACGAGUUUUUAGGGUUCCCCACUGGGGGGCCCCCGGUACUGGGCAAGCGGGCCAACCCAUGGGAGGAGCAGGCUGCAGCCCACCAGGUCGAGCGGCGGCGGCAGCUCCAGGCCACGCCCAUGGAGCCCGCAUUGCAGCGGAUGACUGGACGGGCCGAGAUACAGUUCCGCGGGGUGCAGCAGCCCGCCAUCCAGGCCAUCCAGGACGGCGCCAGCCCCGUGGUUGCCAUCAUGCCCACUGGUGGGGGGAAGAGUAUGCUGUUUAUGCUCCCCGCGUUCGUGGCCCCGGGAGGGUGUACCAUUGUGGUGGUCCCAUUGAUUUCACUGCGGGCCGAUUUAAUGCAGCGGUGCCAGCAGCUUGGGAUCCGGUGUGUAUCAUGGGAAAGCCGGCGGCCCCCGGACGAAGCCGCCAUUGUACUGGUCACUGCCCGCACGCAGAUGGUGUUUUUAACGGCCACGCUGCCCCCCAUCAUGGAAGAUAUAUUUUUGCAGCGGAUCAAGCAACCCGCCAGCGCGGUUGGCAUGUACCGGGCCCGGACCAGCCGGGGGAAUGUGGCAUACCGUGUAUGGCGGCCAAUUUUACCCCGCCAGACCCCGCGGGAGCCCCAUCAGUGGUUAGUGAUGCCGGCAGUACUGCAGUACAUCCAGGGUCGGAUCCAGCAAGCGCGGGGGGGCCGGGUGAUUGUGUACGGGCAGACCAAGAGCCAGGUGCAGGCGAUCAGCCGGGAAUUGGGAUGUGAGCCAUACCACAGUGAGGUGGUGGACCGGGCCGGGGUGAUGCAGCGGUUCCAGGACGGGCUGCACCGGGUAAUUGCGGCCACCAGCGCGUUAGGGAUGGGCAUUGAUAUUCCCGAUAUCCGGUGCGUGAUCCAUAUUGGGCGGCCGCGGACGUUGCUGGAGUACGGGCAGGAAAGUGGACGGGCUGGACGGGAUGGACAGGCCAGCGAGGCGGUCAUUAUUCAUCCCGAUGGGUGGGAGACGCCCGAUCCAUGGAUCCAUGGCGUGGCCGACGCGGAUUUCCAGCUGGUGCAGGCGUACAUGGGCCAUGGGUGUCGAAGAUAUAUAUUGGAUGGGUACCUGGAUGGGACGGUGGAUGGAUACACGCGGGAGCGGUGCCGGGAUCAGGAUCUGGAUGAACUGGCAUGUGACGGGUGUGAACCCGAUUGGGAGGCGCAGGAGGCACCCGUCAGUAUCGCCAGCAGCCCGCAACACCCAGGGUCAGGGUCAGGGUUCCGCCCGAGCCCCGAUACCGUGACCAGACCAGUCAGGGGGGGUUCAGAGUUAGGGUUCAGAGGGACGGGGAGGAGGGGUCCAGAGUUAGGGUUAUCCAAUGAUGCGGUUCAUUAUUCAAGGGCCCCAAUUGAUGCCGGAUUAGGGUUUGUACCCCAUUAUGCAACAUCCAGUUCCGAAGGGGGGGAUUCCCCGGUCCAUCCGCGGGCCAUGUCCAUUGACCGCGGCGAGUCCAUUGUAUCCCAGGUACCCCAAGCCCGGGUGGUUGCCACCAGCCCCGCGUACACCGCGCGCGAGCGGCAGUAUAAGCAGGCGGCGGUCCGACAACAGGCCGAGGCCAUGCAGGCCGGGAUUGACGAGGAAUUCAUGGAGCAGGAGGCGCGGCGAUGGCUCGACCAGUGUUAUAUUUGCACGAUUGGUGGGCGGGAUGGGGACCAUAGAUUGGAGCAAUGCCCGCAUGCCGAGAGCUGUGCCGCGCAGGAGUGGCUGGGACAGGUACAGCGGCGGGUGGAUUAUAUCCGAUUUCAGUGUUGUUAUCAAUGUGGGAUGCCGCAGGCGAUAUGCCAUGGGUGGCAGGACCGGGAGGUGUGUACAUGGCGGGGGGUAUUGAUCCCGAUGAUUGCGGGGAUGUUGUACGGGCCAUGUGGUGAGGUAGUGCGGCCGGCAUGGGAGCAGUGGUUGCAGGGGCGAAGAUUAGAAGGGCGGGUGAUAUAUGCCGGGAAGAUAUUCCAGCAGGAGGUCAUGGCUGGGGUGGUCAACCCGCGAGAUUAUCGAUCCAUCGCAGCGUUUUUGGGGCAGGGUACCAUUAAUGGACGGGGCGUCGAGGUGCAGGCA